AAUCAGAGGAUGGAAAUAGUCUGGGAGGUGCUUUUUCUUCUUCAAGCCAAUUUCAUCGUCUGCAUAUCAGCUCAACAGAAUUCACCAAAAAUCCAUGAAGGCUGGUGGGCGUACAAGGAGGUGGUCCAGGGAAGCUUUGUUCCAGUUCCUUCUUUCUGGGGAUUGGUGAACUCAGCUUGGAACCUUUGCUCUGUGGGUAAACGGCAGUCGCCAGUCAACAUCGAGACCAGUCACAUGAUCUUCGACCCCUUUCUGACGCCCCUUCGCAUCAAUACUGGGGGCAGGAAGGUGAGUGGGACCAUGUACAACACUGGAAGACACGUGUCCCUGCGCCUGGACAAGGAGCACUUGGUUAACAUAUCAGGAGGGCCCAUGACAUACAGCCACCGGCUGGAGGAGAUCCGACUACACUUUGGGAGUGAGGACAGCCAAGGGUCGGAGCACCUCCUCAACGGACAAGCCUUCUCUGGGGAGGUGCAGCUCAUCCACUAUAACCAUGAGUUAUACACAAAUGUCACAGAAGCCGCAAAGAGCCCUAAUGGAUUGGUGGUAGUUUCUAUAUUUAUAAAAGUUUCUGAUUCAUCAAACCCAUUUCUUAAUCGAAUGCUCAACAGAGAUACUAUCACAAGAAUAACAUAUAAAAAUGAUGCAUAUUUACUACAGGGACUUAAUAUAGAGGAACUAUAUCCAGAGACCUCUAGUUUCAUUACUUAUGAUGGGUCGAUGACUAUCCCACCCUGCUAUGAGACAGCAAGUUGGAUAAUAAUGAACAAACCUGUGUACAUAACCAGGAUGCAGAUGCAUUCCUUACGCCUGCUCAGCCAGAAUCAGCCAUCUCAGAUCUUUCUGAGCAUGAGUGACAACUUCAGGCCUGUGCAGCCGCUCAAUAACCGCUGCAUCCGCACCAACAUCAACUUCAGUUUACAGGGGAAGGACUGUCCAAACAACCGAGCCCAGAAGCUUCAGUAUAGAGUAAAUGAAUGGCUCCUCAAGUAGGGAACAAGGCCAAGAAGAAUCUCAAGAAGAAAUGCUACAACUGUGAAUUGAUGUAACCUAGAUACCCCUUCUUUCUUCUCUCUCCUUCCCUCCCUCAAGCCUCAUCCACUCUUUGGAUUGGCCCUUUCUUCAUGAAAAGUGUCUGCAACACCAUGCCAGAGGAACACAUCUCUUAUACACACCCACCAACACACACACACAAGCACUCACACACACACAUGGACACACGCAAACGUAUCCACACACAGACACACUUACAUGGCCUCCAAGAUGGGAAGUCAAGUUUCAGAAAAAAAAACAGGCUCAUUCAUAAGAGGUCUUAGAAGAAAAUAACCAGUUAACCUAAUUACAAUUUUGAUACUGUUUUCCUGAACUAAUAAAUCUACCCAAUGAGACUUUUCAGCCUUUGUACAUACAAAAUUCUUCCAAAAGAGAGAGAGGAGGAAACACAGCUCCGACAGCAUCAAGUGGACUUUGUUCUUGGCAUCAAGUGAUCUCGGGUGGUGUCCUAGGAUCCUCUGAGGGUGCUGGUGACAGGUGAACCAGGACAAAGUUGGCCAAGGACACUUAUUUCUAGAUUAUGAUUCUUCUGUUUACUCAAAAAUUUAAAAAGAAAAGGACAGACAUUGAAGAGAUACACAUUGUAUAUAUAUCACUGCAGACUAUAAAGAAAUGGAAUUAUUUCCCCUCUUUGUCACAUAUCUGUAGUAGGAUUUGCCAAGAUCAGAAUCGAUCCAUUCACUGUUUCUUGUUUUCCAAAGGUCAUACAUUGUGUUUGGUUAUUGUUAACAGCUCAAUAAAUGUGUUUAACGAGUUCAUUUCAUUUUUCUGGCUUUGGUCUGUUCUCCUUCCUUACAGGCGAAGCCUCAGUUCCAUGCAACUGCAUUCUUUGAUUUCACUUAUUCCUUCAUCUACCUGUUCCGUUCGUUUGCAGCCAGUUUUUACUGAGUUUGUGGCAAUCAGGAAUGCAUUUGCUAAGCAAGUAUAACUUUAAUUCCACUCCAUGGCUCGAUCAUUCAUACAAGGUGAGCUUCAGCCUGAGAUAGCAGGCGACAGAUUUCUUGCGUUUCAAAACUGCCAUCCCCCCUGUGAUGUUCCCUUGAAGGAAUGCACUUUGCCUUGUAAAUUCCUGGGAAGGGGGUGUCUUUUCUCUCCAGGUGCAGCCGGAUCUCACAAAAUACAAACGAAUGCCUUUCUUUCCUUGUUUAUAAUGGUCACUCACUGUGUUUGGUUACUGUCAAGAAAUCAAUAAAUGUGUUUAACAAGUUA